CUAGUGACGUUAAAAACUUUUAAAACUUGUGUGUUAACGAUAAAUGAUGGUGUUGGCGGUGGAGGAUCAACAAGCCCGGUUUUGUGGAACGCUGCUCAGCCAAUAUGACCCAGCCCUACUAGACGUGUUCAAAUUAGAAAUGGCGUACGGCAUCGAGCGGUUCUUCUUCCUGUCGUACUGCCUGGCGUGCUGCUGGCCGCAGCUGCAGGUGGCGGGGCAGGCGCGUGGGCUCCGCACGGUGCGCCAGUGGGCCGAGCUGGACUUCCAGUUCCCCUCCGAGGCCGUGCGCUCGGCCGCGCUGAACGACCGGUAUUAUGUACCUGGAAACUCGGUGCCUAUUGAUGUCGACGUGCAGCAUAGACGAGGGAAUUUGCAAUCGCGCAUUUUCGUGACCGUUCCACGUUUCGACGAAGGACGGCCGAUGACACUGGGCACAGUGGACGAGAACGCGCGCAUUUACCCGUACCCUGACUACACCUGGCAUGACAACCAGGGGCACAACUGCGAUGGCAUGACCUCCGUCUUCAGAGUAGCUAUCGAUGAGUGCAACCGGCUUUGGGUGAUGGACACAGGCAAGAUCAAGGAAACCCAGGUCUGCCCGCCACAACUGCUGGCCUUCGACCUGAGCAACGACAAUCUGAUCUACCGGCACAGAGUCAAUGCCUCAAACUAUGUGGCGUCUUCACUGUUUAUUACACCAGUGGUAGACAUCCGCAAGUCCAGUCCCGAGGACUGCGCGGACACGUUCGUGUAUGUGGCCGACGUGACCGGCUUCGGCAUACUGGUCGUAGAUGUGGCGCGUGACAACUCCUGGCGCGUCACGCAUCGGCUCAUGUUCCCCUUCCCCUCGCGCGGCAGCUUCACUAUCGAUGGUGAGAGUUUCGAACUGAUGGAUGGCGUGCUGGGGAUGGCGUUGUCGCCGUGGCGACGCGGGCGCGAUCGCUACCUGUACUUCCAUGCGCUCGCCUCCACUACUGAGAAUGUAGUCAGGACCGGCGUGCUGCGCAAUGAGUCCUUCAUAGGAAACCACAACGCCGACCCCCGCUCCAUUAAUGUUUUCCCGGAGGAACGCACGUCACAGUCAGCAGCCGAGGCUAUGGACCGUGACGGCAUCCUCUUCUUCGGGCUCAUGGAGCCUCCAAGCAUAUGGUGCUGGAACUCCGCCACCGAAUAUACUCCACGAAACUUCCACCAAAUCGCCAUUGACAGAGAAACGCUACAGUUCGCCAGUGGCAUGAAAAUUGUUAACAAUCUAAAAGGCGAUCAAGAACUCUGGAUCUUGACUUCCAGCUUCCAAAGAGUAAUGACAGGAUCUCUCAACUCUAGAAGAGUAAACUUUAGAAUUCAUGCCCAAAGUGUUUCUCGGCUUCUAGAAGGUUCCGCAUGCAGGAAUCCCCCAAAGGAUCAGCACCAUGGUUACCAUGCGAAUCUUAUUACGCCGACGGGUUACAGACGUAUUACUCCCAGAUAUGGCGUUGUAUCACAUCUUUAGAAAUUAGUGCAUUUUAUGAACAUUUGCUCAAUACUAUAAUGUGGUACAACUGGCCAUAUAGGGGCGAUCAUUUUUAAACUUGUUUUAUAACUAUUUAAAUAAAUUAUUAAUGACAAUAACAAAAUAA